AUGAUAUACCUGCAAGGAAAGUGUCGACCGAUAGGUAUUAAGGAAGAGGAUAUAAAUGAUGAGAACUAUAACCUGAUAAAAAAUAUUUUGAAGGAUGAAGAGGUGCAUGUACAUAACUGGAUAGAAAUCAGUCUGCUCUAUUACAAGAAAAAGUACUACAAGCUUUUUUUGGACCUGACUAAAGAAGGGGAAAAUGUUUAUCUGAGCAAAAAUGAUGACAGAGGGGUGAAGAAAGAACUGGAUGAGAAGGACCCCUCGAAAGACGGAUCGAAUUUUUACACUCUCCUCCUACUAUACCACUUGGAAAAAAUAAUAAACGCAAAGAAUGUGAACAAGGAAGAUGAGUUGAAAAUAAAGUUGGAAAAUUUAAUCAAUCAGAUUGAGAGGAGGAGGAACGACCUUCUCCAAAGGGGGAUGGAAGUCGACAUGCAUGCCCAUAUGUCAAGUAAGAAGGUGGGGUCGAUUCCCUGGGAAACCUACGACUACUUAUCCCCACAUCUAUCUAAAGCCAUUUACAACGUUAAUAUGUAUCUGUACCUGCUUAACAAGUAUGACCGGAAGAGAGGCGCCAACUAUUUUGUAAGACCAAGGACAUCUCCCCCUGAUGGAGGUGACGAUGGCGAUGGAGGUGAUAAUGAUGAUGAUGAGCAGCAACCAUCAGAAGAGAAGGUAAAACAUGAAUACAUCAAUCCUUUGAAUUAUUUAAUGGAGAGCAUAUCCAUAUUAACCCAUCUGGUAAAAAAGAAUAAGUACGAUUUUGUCGCCGCCAUAUAUUUGUCUCUCUCAUUAUGUCUAACGUACAAGUUAGAUGUGUGUAUUGAGUUCUCUUCCCACCUCCUGGUAAGGGUUAUAAAAUUGGAGAAUUUUUUAAAAUCCCUUGUUUUUACUUAUCAAGGGUUGUUAGAUCCUGUGAGGGAAGAAUCUCCCACCGCGGAGAAGGGAGGAGCCACAACCUGGUUCUCCAAAUUUAUGAGUGGUGAAAAAAGGGGUACUGAAAAUACUGAUAAGCUUGGAGACAAGUCUUGGUCUCAUAGCGGAAGGGAUCAUACAGGAGGGGAAGAACACCUCUAUAAGUGCAUUCGAUUAAGAAAUUUGCUACGCACUCUGAGAAAACUCAAGGCAAUAAUAAAGUACAUUAUUGGUAUCUGUUACGUGAAGAAGAAGGAGUGGAGCACUGCCUCCUUCUGUCUAACUGAGACCAUCAAACUUGAUGGACAUCCCCAGGCAUACUUAACCAAUGGAUACUUGCUCCUGAUGAACUACAUAGGGAAAAUCGCUCAGUGCAAUGACUUUGUGAAAGAUGGAAUACAUUGGGGGGUUGGAGAUGGAGGCAUCGUCCAUAUGGAAGGGAAAAAUUUUGCCCAUAUGAAGGAACAUCCUUUACUCCAUUUGGAGCGCCUCCCGCCUGGUUGGAUGAAAAACGAUAUUCGAAAAAUUCCCGUUAAGGAUAUUAUUAACUUGACAUUGAUACGUUAUUACGAUUACCUAAGACGCGGUAUAGUGAAGUAUUCAAAAGGAAUAGAAAAUUAUUUAAGGAAAGAGAAUUCCUCUUGUCACAUUGAGAAGAACGAUAUAUACGAAUAUGAUGAAUCUAUCGAGAUGGCAAAUAAUGAAAAUGGCUAUUUGAAAAAGAAUCACGAACAUGUACAUUUGUCGGAGAGUAUCAUCUAUCUGUAUCUGGAUUUGUGCGAAAUAUGGCUGAUGCAGGGAGAUACAAAAUCCGUUAUGCUUUUAAAACUGAUAAAGGAUAAGAUAAACUUUAAUUAUAUUAAUAAAAAGUGUCUUUCUAAAUAUUAUUUCCUCAUUGGUAUGUAUCACCAUCAUAUUGUGAAAAAUAUCAAGAGGGCUCUCAAGUACUUUUACAAGGGGUUUCAAAUUUAUGAUAACCAUGUGAACAGGUACUAUCAUACCAUUUGCUUGAUCCAAUUGAAGAAGUAUAGUAAAGCUAAGAAGAAUAUUUUGUUUUUUUUUCAGAAAUGUAGAAAUGCCUAUUUCGUAAAAUUAUAUGUUUUUUUCUUCCUGCACACGGCAAAUUUAUUUUUAAAUUUUAAUGUCAUGUAUGAGGGUACCAAUGAUAUUGCACUUCCCCAUGGAGAGACCGCUGUGGGGAUCGAGACGAAAAAAUGCAACGACAAAGACAAACCGAAGCAUGUUUCAGUUCGAAGCAAAUAUAUGAAGAGCAACCAGAAUGAACAUUCCAUGAAAGUUGUCCUACGAAUGUUGCAACAUCUGAUGAACGUUCUUGAAACACACAGUUAUUUGUUCCAUAACGAUUUGGAUAUGAAGCUAAUGAAAAUAAAGAUACGUGAACUGCUCUUAACCAAGUACAACCAUGAGGGGAUGAUAGAAUAUAAUAAGGAACUCAACCAAGUGGAAGGCAUCAGAACGUUUUUCAGGCAAAAGAAUAAACCUCGAAAAAUAUCCUAUGAGCUGAUAAAUAAUUAUAUCAUUUCUCUUUUUUUUUGUGAUGAAAAGGAACGCAGUGUGGAAUUAAUGGAAUUGCUCAAGAGGGAAAUCUUCAUCAAGGUGAAGCGCUUCUCCAGUUACUACUCCUAUGCCUUUUGCGACAAGGCUCCCGGUCCACAUCUCUCCCUGGAUAAGGAAGAACAUAGGCUUUCCCCCCCCAAGGAGGCACUUUCCGCUGAAAGGAACAACCGACGAAAGCGCAGUGCAUCCUCUCCGGAGAGCACGAACAAGAGAUCCAAGAGGAAUGGGAGCGGAUCGCCCUGUGAAGAAGUAAUUACAAGGAUUACACCUGAGGAAGAGGCCAUCACAGGUGAAGCCAAACAGAAGAGAGGCCUCCUUCGCUUCAGUAUACGUCGAAACAGAAUAAAAUUGUAUCACCUGGACGCUGUUUUGCGCAAUCAUCGAAUCAAGGAGUUUAAGCAGGUUAUGGUGAAUGAAGGAGCGAAACUUCCAAAGCACGUAUAUAUAAAAAGAAGCAACCGGCAGAGAUACAAGGAAAUAAUUAACUACUUGAAGAGGAUAUACCUAACCAUAUCCUUUAACAGUGCGGUGUUGGAAGAGUACCUGGGUUAUAAGGAUUCUUCCAUACAGACAUACAAAUUGUACACAGAGAUGUACAAGACAUACGAAGGCGCCUUCAUCAGGUUAGCAAACGUUUACAUACAAAUGAAGAAUUUCUCAAAGGCGAAGGAGGUGAUAGAUAAAGGGUUACGGACAAAUCCCCAAUCCGUAAACCUCUUCCUACAAAAGGCUUAUAUACAUGUGGUUAGGAAGUAUUACGAUUAUUGUAUAUACGCAUUGGAGAAGUUAAAAAAAAAUGAACACUUGAAGGACGACGUUUUGAUAAAUACGUAUUUGGUUAUCAUAAAAUUUUGUAAACUUAAAAGGGCAAAAAAUAAAGAAGAAAAAAAUCAGAUAGUAAACGAAAUAUACACGCAAAUAAAUUUGUUAGGGAGAAGGAGAAGCAACUUCUUUGUGUCUAGUCUAAUAUCGAUACUUCUAAGUGUUAAUAACAAAUACGAUUUUUCCAGCGAAGCAUUUCAAUUGUUAAUUGACUCAAAUAAGAAGCAGAGUUUUUAUUGUCAGUCGGCGUUAAGGAACUUUGUCCUACAUAUGUUUAACCACUUGAUGAGAACAAAUGAGAUGAUGAAAAAUAAAUUAUUUUUAAAAAAAAUAAAUUUAUUUUUUAAUUUAAGCUUAAAGAAUGGUAUUAACGACAAGCAGUUUUUUCUCUGUUAUGCAAAUUUUCUACAUCUCAUUGAAAACUUUGAGGAUGCCAUUCUUUUCCUAUACAGCGCAUACGUAAAGUGGGUUCAUGACAUGUCUAUUUUGAAUACCCUCAUCAUUUGUAUUGAUUCUUUUGUUUCCAAGUAUCUCAGUUCCGAUUAUGUGGAGUUGACAGACAUUUUGCUUAUGGGAGAUUUGAUCUGUUUCUCCUUCUGCGCUAUUCAUACUCUCUUGCGGUUUAAGCAUCUUGCCACCUCGGCUGAGCUCCUCGCGUCAGAUGAACAACACAACUACUACAAAGAAGGAGAUGCCAUCAUCGAAGUGAGGAGGGAAGACAUCGAGCACUUAGCGAGCAGGAAGUACCUAAUCAACACGUACAAAAAGUUUGAAGAGAAAAUAAGGCCAUAUAUUGAAAGUAGUGUGCCCAGCAUGGUCAAGCAGAAAAAAAUGUAUAACCAAAAAAAAAUAAAUUUACAAAAAAAAAUUUACGAAGAUAAAAAGAGAAAAAAAAUUUUGGAAAUGGAGAAACUCAAGAGUCAACAAAGUGUACAUGAGGAAUUGCUCAGAGAUGUUAGUGAACUCACGUACCACAUGAACGAACGGGGGAUGGGAAUGACAGCCCUGGAGGAGGAAGAGAAAGACGCCUCUCAGGAAGACGGAGAAAUGCCCCCACAAAAGGGAUAUGGUGAAGAGCGGGGGCAUGACGACCGAGACGACGGCGAUGACGGAGAAGAGUUUUCUUUUAAUAAAGAAAGUGCCAACUCGAAUGGAGCAACUGACAAGGAGGAAAAACCUGUCGAAGGAGACAUCUCCGAUGGUGAUCCAGAAUAUGUGGACGGUUCUUCUAGCAGCUCAGAUCUCUUCGAGGAGAAGAAACCGAAAAAGAGGAAAAAAGUAAUAGACUAA